AUGAACAAAUUAGUGUCUCAAAAUGUAGCAAGGGAUGCAGAUUGUGCAUGUUUAAGAAGAGAAAUCAUGGCUGGAAAAGAAUCAACUCCUGUAGGAAAUAAUACAAAAAAUCUUAGGCGUUCUAAAAGACAGCCUAAUCCGGAAAAGAAAACUGGAAAUAUGGUUAUUGGGUUGAAUAAUUCAAAUAAUAUUGAAAACGAAUCAUGUGAAAAUUCAAAUAAAUACAGCUUUGCUUCAACCAGUGAAGAUGUAGAAAGUAGAAGGCAGCGCUUGCGGUGUCGACAUCGGGAACUAAAUUCUCUUUCAAAGGAGAUCAAUAAGUGUGACGUCACGACGUCAUGUGAUUCAAUCCGUAAUCCCGAAGACCAAAAUGACAAAGAUGGCAGUCAAAACAAAAGCAUAAAGGGAAAUUGUCCUUGCAAUAGGCUGUGUAGGUGUUCUGCCGUUCGAUCUCUUUCAUCGGAAGGAUCUUAUUCCCGAAAGUUGAAUCAACGUAAAAAUAAAAAAAGUCAUGUUUUAAUGGAAGACUCGACGGUGAACAGUCCCAAGUUAAAUCCAAUUUUUUUAUGGGUGCGUCAAGAAAAUACGAAAAUAAUAGAAGUGUUAUGUGAAGACUAUGAUUCCAGAAAUAGGUUAAAGUUGAAGAAAACUCAUAGGGGAUGGAGAGCUAUACCAAAAACAAAAUGUUUUGCUGAAGCAAUCAUUCCAAUCAAUCCAAAAGUUUUGCCUGAAAAAACGAAUGAAAGUCUGAUUACACCAAAGAAAAAUAAAAAAAAUAAAAAAGUUAAGAAAAUAAUACGUAGAAAGCAUAAAAAGGAAAAAGUUGUAAAAUCUGAAAGUAACUCUUUGAAUACGGACAAUGUUUCAUGUGAUGAAAUUAAUAAAAAAGAAGAUAGUGAAAAUAAUAAUGAUAAAAUAUUGUCACAGGAAAAUGCGUUGCAAAAUUCAAAUCAAAGUUCCUCUAACAAUUCAGUUGAAAUUGUUUGUCACGAGGCAAAUAUAAUCAACAAUAAAAAACCGCUUUUCAAAUCCAAUUCUUGUGAUGAAUUAAAAUCGUUCUUUUCGGAGGAAAAGGCAAUACUACUACCACGGUCGCCAUCACUUGACUUUUGUUUUACAAGAGAUUACGAGGAUCUUAUUUACCCAGUGAAUGAGACCGAAGAAAAAGAAGAAUCACCUACUUCUGUCUCUUUAAACUCAACCGAUGCUGUGGCUGCCGAAGAAGACGAAUCAGAAAAAAUAGAAAAGUCUGCUCAAAAUUGUCCACAAAGUGCAAUUGAAAUUCAAUCAAAAGAAGAAGAAAGUGUUGACUUCGAAGAAAAUUCAACUUCUUUAUUACCCAAUGUGACUGAUCUUGUACCUGACUGCAACGAUGCUGAUUGCGAUGAUUUAGAACCGUUAUUAAAAGUAAUUCCUGAUUUAGAACUAGUAGAAGAAAGUGAAAUGGAAGAAAUGGAAGGAAACGAGUGGUCCACACCAACGGACCUUACCCUACCGAAAAUUUCCGAUGGAAAUUUGCCAUCUUGCACAAAAUUAUCAAACUUUUCUCUAAACAUAUCUCCGACUGUUUCCGUUACAUCAUCCGUUCGAUCCCCGGAACCCUUGACGGCACCAUUACCAGAGGUGACAAUCACUCCUAUACCAAAACCAGCUCAUUCCCAAAAGUAUCAAAAUACUUACCUCGAAAACCUUCUUUCGUCGGUACAGAGUAUAAAACACGAAGCUGGGGAUGCGAUGCCCAACGGUCAGAAAUCGAAAUCAUUAAAGCAUUCUUAUGUAAGUGAAUUGAACAGUGAAUCCAAAAAUAAAAAGUUAAAAUCCGAAGACAUUACUUUGAAAAAUUUAUUAUCUAAACAUUGCACUGAAAAGUUGAAAAAUUCAACGGAUUUUAAAUCUUGCCUAACUAAUUUUAAAGAUUUUUGCGAAGAAAACUUUUCUAAAUCGAGUUUUCAAGACGUUUUGGCUCCUACCAAUAAGUCUGAUCCUAUUUCUCAACUGAAAGAAGUAUUGUCUAAUCCUUUGCUAGCCGUACCUGAUCCAUUGCUUGUACCAAGAGCAAGGCUACCGGCUCUCGUCGCCAGUCCCGCCAGUGAAAUUCCUCGCCUUUUAACAAUGCAUACGGAAAAAACUUUGGAAGAAAAAGUUUGCUCUCACGUGACUGAUUCUGAUGUUUUGGCAGUGUCUUUGUCAAACCUUCGUUCAUUACUUUCUAGCAGUCCGGAAAAAAUGGCAUCUAGCAAAUAUCAAAAAUCUUUAGAGUCUUUCAUUGAAUGGCAAAAAUAUCAUGCGGAGAUCUUGGAAUCUCAGUUGAAUUCUAAAACUCAAUCCGAAGGUCUUGCUAAUAAUAUGUCUGAUUUGGCUGCGGCUACUGCUUUGGGACAGAUGUUGUGGCUUCCUUACAUCAAUCAAUCUGAAGUGGAUAAUCAACAGGAAUUCAUGGCAUUUUUGAACUUGCUACUUAGUAGCAAUUAUCAAAACAAUAAUAAACUCACGGUACCACCCCAAAUAAACAUAAGUCAAGUUCCUCAACCUUCACCGUUUUUAACUCCGACUUCACCGAUGGAUAUAGAAUCCCAUUUAAAAACAUUAGCCAUGUGGCAAGAAGUCAUUGCGUCUCAUCAGAAUUCUGCAACUUCUCAAAAUUGUCCGAACGUACCCUCACCUUUUUCACAAGACAUGUAUAGAAGUGAGCGUAAUUUAAAUCACCAAAUCAAAUCGCAAUUUUCCCAAUCGAAAGGAUCGUGUUCCCUAUCGGGAUCUUUUGGAGGAGAAACGAGUCAUUCUUCUUUCGAUGCCAUCGAAAAUGAUUAUUCUUCUGCCAGGCAACCAUCAUCGAACUCCUUACAAAAAUGCAUUGAGGAGCAUCAAAAACGCUUGGAAUCUCAGCACAACAGCUUCAGACAAGAAUCACAGCCCGUGCUUAAGAAAACACAUAAAAACCACGGAAAUCGGACGAGCGAGAGCGUACAACAGCAUCAUAAGAAAAAUUCAUCACCCACGAUCAGUGUGAAACCCUUAGCGAAUUUAAUUGAAAAAAACAAUUAUUAUCAAUUGGAUAAUUCUAAUUGGGAUUCGUUGGCGGAAAAUUGCGAGCUGACAGACCAAGUUGCAUUGCGACUCCAGCAAUUCAACACUCAGAUACGUAAGAAAAAAGUCAAAGAGGAAAAGGGUAACGAUUGGUCGAUGCAAGACAAAAAAUCCAAACGGGAAAAAUUAAACGUUUCAACGGAAACGCCGAAAUUAAAAGUGAAAAAUCUCGUGGAUCCCAACAUGUCUCCGCCAAAAUUAUUGAAACCCAUCGAUCCGGAUAGUUUACCAAUAUUAAUGAAAGAAGAAGAAGAACCGCCGCAAGAAGAUGGACAAGGUCAAUUGUGGCACCCUCUAUUUGGCAGCAAUCAAGUUAAAGGUCGAUCAUACAACAGUCCCUGGCGAUGGACAACUGUGACCGUUAACGGAGAAUAA